ACUGUGUGCAGCCCUCCGCGUGGCCGGGCAGCCCCGCCUCACUCAACCCGUCUGGUUUUGGUCUUGAGGACACCCCAGGCAGGAGGGAGCAGACGAUAGCUCCAGAUGUUUAAACCUGAAUUUGGAGUUGAGUCCCUGAGGCGAUCCUAAUCGGACGCUAGGGAACUGUAGUUUAGGCGGCCUGGGACACUGGGGGCCCCCGUCGGAAUGCGAAGAGACGUAACAGUCAUUGCACCCCACAGACUCAGGACCGAAGAUAACAGACGCUCGUGCGCGCAGCCGGAGAGUGGGAACAGCCAACGCUAAGCAGGUCGAACUACAGAUCCCACAAUACCACGGAGGAAGGACGUGCCUUUCCUAGGCCCGAAACCCGAUUCCUGAAGGGGGGGAAUGACGCAACGAGGCACGUCGGGAUUUGUAGUCGGCUGUACCACGUUGAGCCGGAACUUAACACUCACCCACCCCCAGCCCUGUGCCACUUCUUAAAGCCCAAACAUCCGAUUCCACGUCAAUAGGAGGCACUUGGAUUGCACGUUUUAGAACUUUUUCACCUACAGACAUAUGCUAGCAAAACUUACGGGCUUCGUAGCCUUGCACAGACAUUUAGACAACAUUUAUUGAGUUUCUGUAAGGUGUCAGGACCUAACCACCAGGACUCUACAUUCAUCCGACUUCACAGAAUUUAAAAUUUUAUUGUGCUACUUUAUUCUGGAGCUCAUGAGUGAAGUACGUCUUCGGCAGAGAAAUGGAGAGUAGAAUCCAGCCGAAGCUAUGUUUAUAAGCAUGGGCAGCUGAGAAGAUACAGCCCAGCAGAAGACUGACCUUUGAAAAUAUGUAUUUGGGAGAUAAUCACGUUCUAUUGGAUACCCUGUGCUGGUGCUGCCAUCGAAAAAUCUGGUUACAGUCUGGGGAGGCCUGCUACUGCUGCAGGACUGGACCAUCUCGGCCCUGAGAUGAGUGUCCUGACAGAGCAGGUGCAUCAUGAAUAGAUACACAACGAUCAAGCAGCUUGGGGAUGGGACCUAUGGUUCUGUCCUGCUGGGAAGAAGCAUUGAGUCUGGAGAACUAAUUGCCAUUAAAAAAAUGAAAAGAAAGUUUUACUCCUGGGAAGAAUGCAUGAACCUUCGAGAAGUUAAGUCUUUAAAGAAGCUCAAUCACGCCAACAUUGUAAAGCUGAAAGAAGUCAUCAGGGAAAACGAUCAUCUCUAUUUCAUCUUCGAGUACAUGAAGGAAAACCUUUACCAGCUCAUUAAAGAACGAAAUAAGUUGUUUCCAGAGUCUGCUAUACGGAAUAUAAUGUAUCAGAUAUUGCAAGGACUGGCAUUCAUUCAUAAACACGGCUUCUUCCACCGGGACCUAAAGCCUGAGAACCUCCUCUGCAUGGGACCAGAACUUGUGAAAAUUGCAGACUUUGGAUUGGCCCGAGAAAUCCGAUCAAGACCUCCGUACACAGACUAUGUGUCUACUAGAUGGUAUAGGGCUCCAGAAGUACUCCUGAGGUCUACCAACUACAGCUCCCCCAUUGAUGUCUGGGCAGUGGGCUGCAUCAUGGCAGAGGUGUACACCCUCCGGCCUCUUUUCCCUGGGGCCAGUGAAAUUGACACGAUUUUCAAAAUUUGCCAAGUGUUGGGAACACCGAAGAAGACUGACUGGCCUGAAGGCUACCAGCUGUCAAGUGCUAUGAAUUUCCUCUGGCCCCAGUGCAUACCCAAUAACUUAAAAACUCUGAUUCCAAAUGCUAGCAGCGAAGCCAUUCAGCUCCUGAGAGACCUGCUGCAGUGGGAUCCCAAGAAACGACCGACCGCUAGUCAGGCACUUCGGUAUCCUUACUUCCAGAUUGGACACCCACUGGGCAGCAUCACACGGGAUUCAGGAAAACCACAGAAAGAUGUCCAAGACAAGACAGCCCCACCUCCUCACAUCAAGCCAGCCCCUCCUGUCCAGCCCCCACCCAAGGCACAAACACUGAUUUCUUCACGACCAAACCAAACCAGUCAGCCCCCUCAGCAUUUUGUAUACCCCUACAAAGGUGAAACUUCCAGGGCAGAUCAGCUCAGCCAUCUUCAGGAGGGCAAGCCAAGCCCAACAUUCUUCCCGUCCCUCCACAAUAAGACUCUUCAGCCAAAAACUCUAGCUGGCCUGGAACACAAGAAUGGCGAGAUCAAGCCGAAGAGCAGGAGACGAUGGGGUCUCAUCUCCAGGUCCACAAAGGGCUCCGACGAAUGGGCCGACUUGGACGACUUAGAGUUCAGUCCCUCUCUCACCAGGAUAGAUGUGAAAAACAAGAAGAGACAGAGCGAUGACACCCUCUGCAGGUUUGAAAGCGUUUUGGACCUGAAGCCAUCAGAGCCGGUGGGCACAGGAACCAGUGUCUCGACCCAGGCUUCCUCCCAGAGGAGAGACACGCCGACCCAGCGAUCUGCAGCGAAGCAGCACUACUUGAAGCACUCUCGCUACUUGCCUGGAAUAAAUAUAAGAAAUGGCGUGCUUCCAAAUCCAGGCAAGGACUUUCCUCCAUCAAACCCAUGGUCCAGUUCUGGUUUGUCUGGAAAGUCUUCAGGAACAGUUUCAGUAGUGAGCAAAAUAACUUCAGUUGGCUCAGGCUCCACGAGUUCCAGCGGACUGACUAGCGGUUACAUCCCUUCCUUCCUGAAGAAAGAAAUCGGUUCUGUUAUGCAGAGGGUACACCUUGCGCCCCUGGCCGACCCCUCCCCCGGCUAUUCUUCCCUGAAGGCCAUGAGACCUCACCCGGGGCGACCUUUUUUUCACACCCAGCCUAGGAGCACUCCUGGGUUGAUUCCACGACCUCCAGCCGCCCAGCCUGUACACGGGAGGAUAGACUGGUCUUCCAAGUACCCAUCCCGUCGGUGACUGUCUCGGCCGGGAGGCCAUUCUCCCUCAGCUCCCAUGGUACCUGCAGAACCAGAACCGCGUGGUGGUGGAGAUGCACUCACGCUCACAGUUGUUCUGAACUAACACAUUUCAAAGUUUCUUUUAAAUGUUUUUUUUAAAAAUAUUGAUUUGAAUGCAAUACCCUCUUUUUGUAUAAAAUUAUUUUAUUCUAAAACUGGGUCUCAUUAUUUUCUUAACAACAUUUUGUAUAUAUGGAUUAUGUUUUAGCAUUUUAUACAGUCAACUUUGUAAUGGACUUUUUAAAGAUUAAGUAAUUUUUGUUUGUUGUUCCACAUGAUAUUUUAUACAGAUUUUGAGAUAUAUGGUACUGAUGCAGUAUUGUGACAGGGUGCAGUUUAAUGCUGUACGACAAGGGAUUAUUUACUCAAUAUAUUCAAAUAUUGUGAAGUGGCUACUUUUAAAUGUGGCUCAUUUGGCCCUUUAGGCUUUCUUGGACUGAUCUUAGGAAAGUGGCCCAUCUCCUGUUUUUCUUAACAGCACUUAUUGGUUGCUCUGGGGGCGGAAAUUGUUUUGUUGUCAUUGUUGUUGUUGUUAUUGUUUGGAGACAUGGUCUUAUGUAACCCAGGCUUACCGACCACUCACUGAGUAGCUGAGGAUCGCAUGAGCUUCUGACCUUUCUGCCUCUAGCUUCCUGAGUGCUGCCGUGCUUGGUUUUAACCCGGGGCUUUGUACAUGCCUCACAGCCCCAACCUACCAUCUUUAUACUAUUCUUCUACUCUAAGCUGUCACAGAACAGAGAAUUUGUGAAAUUUUAUAGCACUCAUAAAUACGGUUGCAAAUAUUCAGAUAAAAACCAAGCAUAAUCACACUAAACUAUCACAUUUCUGCUUUCUUUUUUUUUUUUUUUUUUUUUAUUGACAAGGUUGCUGCUCUCCAUUGGUUAAAAUCCCCACUGGCCUCCAGUUUCACACAGUGCACACCUGGGAUGAGGGUGAAGGGAGGGGUUGGGCAGGGACAGCCAGCGAGGGAGAUGGCAGGAACUGUGGUCACCAGGCAUUGUUCAGGUGAGCUUUCCUUGCUUCAUGGGGCCUACCAGCCAGGACUUACCUCCUUCCCACAGCACUGCCAGCAAGCCUUCCUCACCCACAGCAGACUCAGAAAACACCACUUAGCUAAAAGUCAGCCAAGCCGUGGAGGCCGGGUGGGGAGGUUCAGCCCAUUGCAAUGUCUACACCUACCUCCCUAGAGCCAGAGAGGAGGCUCCCUCCCACCCCUGUGGUCCGUGCUUUUUUCCAUUUUUAAAAACUCUGGGUUGAGAGAUGACUCAGCCACUCCAGUUCCAAGGGAUCCGAUGCCCUCUUCUGGCCUCUGCCGGCACUGGCAUGAGUGUAAAUACCCACCCACUAACACAAACACACAUACAAUCUUUAUAAAAUCUUGUUAAACUCCCUUCAAAGGGAAGCUUUUUUUAUGUCAAAGGUACCUUUUUAUUAUAAUUUUUCAUUGUUUUAUUGUAAAAAUUUCCUAACAUAUAUCAAUACAAUCAAUUAAACUUUUAUCCCUGCCAAGAUGAAUGACCAAAAGAGCCAAGUGUCUUCUAUGUGGCCCUGGUUGUCCUGGAACUCACUCUGUAGACCAGGCUGGCCUCAGACUCACAGAGAUCCGCCUGCCUCUGCUUCCUGAGUGCUAGGAUUAAAGGUGUGCGCCAACAUGCUGUUUCAUUUUUUAACUGAGAACGAAUGUUGCGUUCAACUCAGCUCUCUGCACCUGACGAGAGGCAGCUCCUAAACUAUCCAAUCAACUUCUCAGGACAAUUUUAGGAGUGGGGAAGACUUGGGGGAGAAUUUCAACUUACCUGAGAAGACAAUUGUGACGAUGUCAUGUCCAGACUGUGCCACAUCUCAACCCCUACCUUGUGUGGUCUCUUUCAAGGGUGAGACCUCUGUUGGACAGGCUAUUCCAUUGAGAGGAAUGUUUACAGCAAUUCUGCAAGUGACGAAGCUAGUUUGGAGACAGAACGAUGUGGAGGAUCCCCGUUCUUCCAUCUCUGUAUUGCACAUCUGCCUCCACUCGUGGUUACCUUACAAAAGGAAGGGUCACUGCCAAUGUGUGCAAUAGCAAUCCCCAAUGGUGUAUUAAUUCAUGUUCUCCCAGGGCCCAAAUGACUCUUUUGAUUACAGUUUCCAAAAUACAGCAAAGUAAACCAUAUGAAAUGAUCAUUUCUAGAGGUUGAAAUGGUAGGGUAAGGUAAAUGCAGACAUUCCCGUAUGGUCCAACCUAAUAAAUGGGUUAAUGAUAGCUUUGAUGUAUUAGUAAUGACUUCCAAUGGGCUCUGUCUGCCCUAAAAUCAGAAAGUAAUUGAUGCUUUGGAGAAUCUGACUCAAAAAUACACUUGACUAAGCACUUUGA